UUUAUAUUUGACCAAGUGAACAAAAUCAAAACUAAACAAAGCAGACAUGGAAAACAGAACGAACGAGAAAGCUUCAUCUUUAAGAUGGAAAAUCCUUCGUCAAGCUCUUCUCUCCAACCCCUCUCCUCCAAAUCCAGACGAGCAAUCUCAUUUGAGUAUCAAACGCAUUUCAAGAAGAACCAGUCACGGAUUCAACUUGAUACCCUCUCAUGUAGUCAAUGAUGAACAUAGUUCAAACAAAUGCAAUGGUUCUUCUACCAAAGAUGCUCGAGUUUGUUACACUUUGCCAAUCCCUGACGCUCCUCAACUGUUUUUGAGGCAAAGGGUUGACAACCAUGCUGACCUCAGUGAUUUUCAGACAUGUAACAAAUAUAACAUUGACAACACUGGGCUUGUCUGUAAUUGGCCAUCAGAAGAUGUUCUUGCUCAUUAUUGCUUGUCACAUAGAGAUAAAUUCAGGUCUAAAAAGGUUAUUGAGCUUGGUUCUGGCUAUGGUUUGGCUGGAUUUGUUAUUGCCGCUGUUACUGAGGCAUCAGAGGUUGUAAUCUCAGAUGGAAAUCCACUAGUAGUUGAUUAUACUCAGCGUAAUAUUGAAGCUAAUUCUGGAGCAUUUGGGAAUACAAUUGUGAAGUCAAUGAUGCUUCAUUGGAAUCAGGAAGAUAUUUCUAGUGUUGCAGACAAUUUUGAUAUCAUUGUUGCAAGUGAUUGCACUUUCUUUAAGGACUUCCACAGAGAUCUUGCUCGAAUUGUCAAGCACUUGUUAUCAAAAACAAAAUCUUCUGAGGCUAUAUUUUUAAGUCCAAAAAGAGGCAACUCAUUGGACCUGUUCUUGGAGGUGGCUAAAGAAAAUGGCCUGCAUAUCAGUGUAACAGAGAACUACGACAAAGAAGUUUGGAAACGUCAUGAGAGGUUCAUGAAUGGUGCAGAUAAGGAUUCUUGGCCUAGUUAUGAGACAGGUCACUGCUAUCCACUCUUAAUCAGAAUCACCCUUUGAACUUUCUUCUAUACAUUCUGCCUGGGGUUUCCUUUCAUUGUUGGUUGACUGUUCAAGAAAAGUAAAAAUCUAUUCCUCCAUCGAGGAAAUGUCUAGUGCAGACACUUACCUAUUGCACGCGUAUGUAAUUUUUUGUUGGGGUCACAUCUUCAAUAGACAGUAUUAUUUUCAUUCACAAAGACUCAAAUGAACAUGAAGCGGAUGUGACGAUUCACGUCAAAAGUGAAGAUUAUAAUAUCUGUCCCAAAAGUACAUGAGAUUAUUCAAAACCUUUUUUUUAGCCCACUAGGUCUUUAUAACCCAAAAGAAAGAAGGAAAAAAAGAAAAAGCAAUCAAUAGUUCUUCAUGUGCUAUAAAAUAUUAUUGACAGUGAUUAAAAUGCUUGCACAAGUGUGUCUUGAUUAUGAUUAAAAAAUGCCAGAUUAGAUGAAUUCAUGUAUUGAUUGGUUGUGGUUUUAUUAUUGUGACGGUUUCAUGCGCUGGCUAAUUGUUUCUGCUCUGCAACUUUUGACAGAAAAAAGUUUCCCUUAUCUUCGUUUAAGCAUCAUAGUUACAAGUAUAAAGCUUUGAGAUAAGCAGUCCAUUGAGUAAACAAAGCAACUCCACCAUUGGGAUGACGCUGUACUCUGUCAAAAGAUAGCAUUUGGUUCUAUUAAACUACCAAGUUGAACAUUGAUGCUUUUUUUCUUGUAUCUAAUAGUAACAGUAAUGAGAUGUGCUUUGUCUUUGGCUCUUUGCAAUGAUAUUAUGUACGGACAUGACUUAGGAUUCUUAGCUGUUAAGGAAACAACUAUUAGUAUUAAUUUCCAUAUAAUGUUUUGUUGA